UAUUAAGUUAGAAGUAUUGCUAAGAAUUUCUGAGGCAGCUCUGACGAUAUAAGCUAGGCUUUGUAAAGUCAUGGUAUGUUCUGGAAUUAUAAAGUGGGCUAGUGAAAAGUGAAGAAAGCUCUGAGUCAGUUGAGAGGAAUUUGAGGUAGAAUAGAGAGGAUGCUGUGUGCUAGGGAGGUUAAGAGGACCGUAGGGGUCAAGAAGAAGAGGAAGGAUGAUUAGAAGGAGUGAGGGGAAUUUUAUAAGAUAAUACCUUCUUAGGCUAAAUCAAAAUUGAAGGUCUGAUGAAUAAUACCAGAAUAAGAAUUUUCUGAUAAAAAUAUUAAUAAUGAAGACUGAAAUCAAGAACAAUCGCACUAAUAAAUUUGUGAGUCUUAGUGAAGGAUUAUAAGCUAAUACUACUUAAUUUGGAACCAUGAAUAACAAUCCAGGUGGUUAUCUCUUUUGGGCGAAUGGUCAGCUAAUUAAACCAUUCUUACACGAAUUUUAUGUUCAAGAAUAAAAAAGAAGUAAUCCGAUAUAAUUUUACAACCAGGUUUAAUGGUGUAUGGAAAUAAUAAAACUGGACUUUUUGAAAGAAUUUAGCAUUAAAUUUAAAAGUAUUUUUAGGAUCCAGGCUCUGACUGAUUAUAUCAAUGCUUGAACUCAACUUACACUCUGAAUUCGUCACCAUCCUCUCUAUGAUCUAUUAUUUUAUGUAGUUUCAUUGAGGCUAGAUUUUUCAAUUUUAGAAAUCAAGCCUCUGGAGUAUAGUAAAUAUUGCUAUUGCAUAAGUGCAAUCAAGAUUUACGGUUAAAACCAAGCAAUCAAAAUGCUUGAUUAAUGACAAUUUCUAUCAUCAUAAGUUAGGUAAGUCUUCCAGAGCUUACAAAAAUGAUAUAAAUAAUAAUUAUCUCUUCUGAAGCUACUGGAGUGUUUUAGACAUAUUAUUUAAGCAUCAUUUCAAACAUGAUUAAAAAUAAAACAAUUUUUACCUUAAAGUAAUGGAGUUUGAUAUAAUUUACACCAAAUCGUGACUCAAACUCCUUUAUAAAAUUACACAAAAGAGAAGGAAGCAAUUUCAUCCAUCAUGGUCCUGAAAAAUAAUGCAAAUAAUUUUAAAGCUUACUUUUCAAGAGAAUCGCUAAAUUUCUAACCCUACUCUUCCCUCAAAAUUUCCCUUCAUCUCUUAAACCGACCCUACUCUCCAUUCAUUCCCAAUUUCCUAUCCCUUCCAAAUCUCUUCACCACGUCAUCAGCAAGCUCAUUCCACUUUCUUAUCACCAGCUCACAUCUCGCACUAAAAUUUCUUCCUCCUACUCUUCUAGUCCUCCGACCUAUCUGGUUCGAAUCUCCCUCUGUGUCUUCCACCAAAACCAAGGCUGAACCUAGCCUUUGAAGAAAGGAGGCUGGAGAUUUUGGAAUUGGAGGAUCGGAAUG